GUUCCCGCGCAAACGAGCGCCUGCCCGACACAAUCGCCGUCAAAAUAUCUGAAAGUGCAUGCGCGUAACCGUUGAGUUGCGCGGGCCGUUGCUUCAUUCGGCUUUCAGCGCUUGGUGUUGACGUAUCGGCAUAUCCAGUCCGUAGGCUCUCUCUCUCUCGCACACGGAAAAGCAAUCGCACUCGAUUCAGUGAGACAUGUCCGGACGCGGCAAAGGCGGCAAGACCAAGGGAAAGGCGAAGACCCGCAGCAGCAGGGCAGGGCUGCAGUUCCCUGUGGGGAGGAUCCAUCGUCUCCUCAGAAAAGGCAACUAUGCGGAACGUGUUGGCGCCGGUGCGCCGGUUUAUCUCGCUGCCGUGAUGGAGUAUUUGGCGGCUGAAGUGCUCGAGUUGGCUGGAAAUGCCGCCAGGGACAAUAAAAAGACUAGGAUAAUCCCACGUCACUUGCAAUUGGCUAUUCGUAAUGACGAGGAGCUGAAUAAAUUAUUGUCCGGUGUGACCAUUGCUCAAGGUGGAGUUCUGCCUAAUAUUCAAGCAGUUCUGUUGCCGAAGAAAACUGGUACUGGUGGUUCUGGAAAGGGCGACAAAGCGUCACAGGAAUAUUAGAUUAUUAUACAUUUAUAACUCUUUAUCAUACACUUUAGAAACAUGUCUCUGUUUCGUGAAACAAGAGAAAAAAAAAACUAUCCCUAUAAAUUUUAGCAGCAGAUUUUACAUUUGGAUCUAUGACAUUUUUUCUCACAUGCUUAAUUGACAAUCUGCAUGCAAAUAAUAUUAUAUGGAGAUUCUGGAGUAGAUAUUCUAUUAUAUAUACUAUUUUCAUUCAUGUUUUUACAUCGCGCUGUCCUAUCUUGGAUACUGUUGAUAAUAUAAUUGCUGUCUCAAUAAAAUGCAUUUAAUUGAAGAUGUUCCAGUGCUAAAUAAUAAAUUUUCAAUUCUAUUAUGUUAAUUCAAGACUA